AUGCUCGCGCACUACGCGCCCAUUACUCAGCUGGAAGGGUGGCCGCUCGACCUCCAGAUCAAGCAGGGCCUCGAGGCGGUCAGGGGUAUCCCCUGGGGCGUGGAUGGGGGUAUCAAGGUCAUGGAGGAGUGGGAGCGCAGGGAAGGCGGGGACGAGGCGUGGCUGGGUAUCUGGAGGCGAAUGGUGCAGCUUUUGGAUGGGUUGGCUGAGCUAGGGGCGCGACUGCUCGUGGUUGACUUUUUAAAGCUCCGGCAUUGGGGCUAUGGAAACACAAUCGACCGAGACGAAAGACGGGUCGGACCGCCCCUAAAGCGAACGACACCCCAUGACGUCGAUCCCACUCUUGACCCUCACUCGACAGAGGCGAACGCGGCCGCGGCCGACGAUGCGGGCUGGGAAACAGUCCAUCGCAAUAAGAAGGCGAAGAAGAUGCCUCGCAAGGAUAAGAAAAAGUACCCGUCCAUCGACUUUUCGCAGAAUGCAAAGCUCUAUAGCAAGGUACGCGUUGCAGAUCUCCGAGAUCUCAUUCUAUACAUAUUCGCCGACGGCAUUGCUCCUAAGUGGGUGUCGGUGGCGAACCGGGGCCAAAUCCGAAAGAUUGUCACCAUCAUGGUUCCGGGCAUCGAGGAAACCAUGUUCAAGCCCAACGUCGACUUUUCCAAUUUUGACGCCUUCGUCGCCAAGCAAAAACCCGUGGUCGACGAGGAUGGUCUGCCGUCCCCCGACGCCUUUUACCCCCGCGCGCUCGAUACAGAGAGCCUCCACUCCGCCGUGAAGCCCUUUGCCGACAUGUUCACCCGUCUCUGGCCCAUCAAGACCCCGGCGACGACAGGCUAG